AUGAACGCCCAAAAACGCAUCUUUCAAUCCUUACCCACUUUCAUUUCCGCCAUCUUUCUCCCUCCUCUGUGCUUAAAUGACUUGCCUAAGAACACCCAGAUCGAGAUUCGGAUCACGACGUGCCUGACUCGCUCUUUCAAAGUUUUAGGAGAGUCAUUAAAAGUCCUUACUGAGUCAACCCGGGUUGUCGCACUGGUUGUCGACCUUUUGGGGUCGGAAAUAAUGAGCGUGGGUAAAGAAUUCGGCUUCCCUUCUUACAUUUACUUUCCUUCAACAGCAAUGCUACUAUCUAUGGUUCUUUAUUUACAAAAGCUUGACCAAAAGCAUUUGUGCGAAUACAAAGAUUUACCCCAACCAGUCAUCUUCCCCGGGUAUACUGUUCCACUUCAUGGUAUAGAUUUUCCAGACCCUUUGCACUAUAGAAAAAGCCCUGCUUACAAAGAUAUUUUAAACUGGAGCAGACGCUACCUAGUAGCAGCGGGGAUUAUGAUCAAUAGCUUCCUCGAGUUGGAAACGAAGACGUUUAAGGCAUUGAUGGAAGAAGAACCUGAUGUUCCUCCGAUUUAUCCUGUUGGACCAAUAGUACGAACCGGUUCGAGCAAUGAGGUUGAUGGAUCUGGGUGCUUGAAAUGGUUAGGAGAACAACCGAGCGAAUCCGUUCUUUUCGUGUCUUUCGGCAGUGGUGGCACUCUAACUCAAAAGCAACUCACUGAGUUAGCGUUCGGACUAGAAAUGAGCGAGCAAAGAUUCAUCUGGGUUGUUCGGAGUCCAAACGAAAAAACUAAAAACGGUAACUUUUUCAUCCAAGAAGAUGAAGAUAGAGUAGAUUUCCAUUUCCUGCCAGAUGGGUUCGCGGAGAGGACCAAAGGGUCCGGUCUCGUGGUGUCAUCAUGGGCUCCCCAGGCUGAGAUACUGAGUCAUGGCUCAACCGGUGGAUUCUUGACACACUGCGGAUGGAACUCGACACUGGAGAGCAUUGUUAAUGGAGUCCCGUUGAUUGCAUGGCCGUUGUACGCAGAGCAGAGGAUGAAUGCAGUGCUGCUGGCAGAUGAUUUGAAGGUAGCAUUUCGAGUUAGAGAGAAGGAAGAAGGUAUAGUGGUUCGUGAGGAUAUUUCAAGAUACGCGAGAGAAAUAAUGGAAGGAGAAGAAGGGAAAAUGGUUAGGAAGAAGAUGAGAGACUUGAAGGAUUCGGCGUUAAAGGCUUUGAGCCAAGAUGGAUCAUCCACCAAGUCUCUUGCCAAAGUUGUAGAGACCUGGAAGAAGCUGGAACAGUAG